ACAGCCUGCGCGCGUCGCGGUCGUGGGGCGGCUUUCCGCGGUCUCCCGUGCGGAUGGUCCCAGUGGCUUAGCCCCGUCUCCCCGCGCCGCGCCACCCGUGAUCGCGCGCCGAGGCGUCGAGGGGUCGCCGCCGAGGUUUCCACCAGGCCGAAAGCAAGAGCAUGGCAGCCAUCCCCUCCAGCGGCUCGCUCGUGGCUACGCACGACUAUUACCGGCGCCGCCUGGGGUCCACUUCCAGUAACAGCUCCUGUGGAAGUGUUGAGUACCCUGGAGAAGCCAUCCCCCACCACCCAGGGCUUCCCAAGGCUGACCCGGGCCACUGGUGGGCAAGCUUCUUUUUCGGGAAAUCUGCUGUCCCGUUCAUGGCCACUGUGUUGGAGUCCCCAGAGAGCUCGGGACCUCUCCAGACCUCCAGCGGCAUGAUCACCUGUGACCUGGCUCAGGGCGCCAUUGGGAAGCAGCCUGGCAGCCCGCCGGCAACACCAGCGCCAGGCCCCUCCUGAAUGGUCACCACAUGGGCACCACCCCCGGCAGCUUGCACAGGCGCCAGGCGUCAGAGCCCCUCCCUGCCCGCCCCGUAGACUAGGCAGGCUGCUCUAAGUGGAGAAGUGGUUGGUUCUUUUUUUAAUAUCAGAAAAGCAAAACACCAAAAAGAAGUCAAGAGAAUGCCACUCUUUACUGUCCAGUCACUCGCAAGCUUUCCCGACACCCCGUAACCGUCUGCCUUGCACCGAGUGGAAAUAAACUUGAAGCC